AUGUCAAGUAGUUUAUUAAAAGAACCUAGAGAAAUCGAUGAAAUAGUUUAUAGAUUUCUAGAAAUAUCAGAUUUUGAAAAAGGAUUCUCGGAAUGUCUGCAACAACUAACAGAAGCUAAAUUUACAAAAUCACAAUUUAUAGAUAGAUAUUCUGAAUUAAAGAAACAACCUGAUACCUAUUUCAUUGUUGUAGCUGAAGAUUUAAAAAAGAAAAAAAUUAUCGCAUGUGGAACUUUAUUUGUCGAAAAGAAAUUCAUUAGAAACUGUGGAACCUGUGGACACAUUGAAGACAUUGUAGUUGAUAAAACCUAUAGAGGAAAAAAUUUAGGAUUAAGAAUAAUCGAACAAUUAACCCACAUAGGCAAAAAACUUGGUUGCUAUAAACUUAUUUUAGAUUGUUCUGAUAGUAAUGUUAAGUUUUAUGAAAAAUGUUUAUUUGAAAAGAAAGGUGUUCAAAUGUCACUUUAUUUACCAAUGUCCAAACUAUAA